GAUUAUAGUUUAACAGCUUUCACCACUCGUUCUAGAGACGUGUGUGGACGCAUGGAGGUUGAUGAACUGAUGGAAGUCAGUUGUCUAGGCCCCGACAAAGCAUGGGAGUUGUUUCAAAAGAAAGUUGGAGAAAGAACAUUGAAAAUCCAUGCGGACAUUCCUGAUCUGGCUAGACAAGUCGCUGGAAAAUGUUCUGGCUUACCAUUGGCGCUCAACGUAAUCGGGGAAACUAUGUCAUGCGAAAGUACUGUACAAGAAUGGCGACGUGCAGUGGACGUUUUAACUUUAUCGGCUGCAGAUUUUUCAGGCAUGAAAGAUGAAAUUCUUCCUAUUCUCAAGUAUAGCUAUGACAGUUUAAAUGGAGAGGUGGUGAAAUCAUGUUUUCUUUAUUGCUCUACAUUUCCUGAAGAUUAUCUUAUAGAUAAAGAGAGACUGGUGGAUUAUUGGAUAUGUGAGGGAUUCAUAGAUGAAAGCCAAAGUAGAGAAAGGGCUAUAAACCAAGUAUAUGAGAUACUUGGCACCCUUGUCCGCGCAUGUUUAUUGGUCGAAGGAGAAAUGAAUAAUAUAUCAUAUGUGACUAUGCAUGAUGUGGUUCGUGACAUGGCUCUAUGGAUUGUGCAAGCCGGUGUUGAUUUACGCAAUAUGCCAGAUGUCAAGAAUUGGAAGGGUGUUAAAAAGAUGUCACUGAUGCGUAACAAUAUUGAAAGGAUAUGUGGCAGCCCUGAAUGCGCUCAACUUACAACUUUGUUCCUUCAGAAAAACCAAUCACUGGUACAUGUUUCCAGUGACUUCUUCAAGUAUGUUCCAACGCUAGUUGUGUUGGAUCUGUCAGGCAAUUUAGGCCUUUCUGAGUUACCAUAGCUUCAGUUGAUAUCGUUGCGGUAUCUUGAUUUGUCACGAACAAGCUUGGAGCAAUUUCA